ACUUUACACAAAAACAAACGUGUGUGUGUGUGUGUCUGUCUGUCUGUCUGUGUGUGUAUACAGUGUGUGUGUGAAUCCUGACGUCUCGGUCUGUGUCUCUGCAGGUGUAGGAAGCUGAUGAAUCAUGGAGAGGCUGGUGUUGUAUGUGCUGGUGUUCGGCGCGCUGGUGAAGGCUCAGCAUUGUCCGGGUCGCUGCAUCUGUCAGACCAUCUCACCCACGCUCACACUCCUCUGUGCCAAAACCGGACUGCUGUUCGUGCCGCCGACCAUCGACCGCAAGACAGUCGAGCUCCGUCUGACCGACAACUUCAUCACCGCUGUCCGCCGCAAAGACUUCUUGAACAUGACGAGCUUGGUGCACCUCACUCUGUCCCGCAACACCAUCAGUCAGAUCGCGCCGCACGCUUUUGUGGGCCUGAAGUCUUUGAGAGCGCUGCACAUGGACGGUAACCGGCUAACGGUCAUCAACAGUGACCAGCUGAAGGGCUUGAUCAACCUGAGACACCUGAUCCUGGGCAAUAACCAGAUUCACCACAUCGAACCGUCCUCCUUCGACGAGUUUGUCUCCACCAUCGAGGACCUGGAUUUGUCCUACAACAACCUGAGGACGUUACCUUGGGAAGCCAUCGCCAGGAUGACCACCAUCAACACCUUAACGCUGGACCACAAUCUGAUCGACCACAUCGACCCCGGGACCUUCACGCUCCUCACCAAACUGGUGCGGCUGGACAUGACGUCCAACCGUCUUCAGACGCUUCCGCCGGACGCACUGUUCCAGCAGGCGCAGGUCCUGUCCGACCCCAAAAUGUCCAGCUCCUCCAAACUGACGGUGAGUUUCGGAGGAAACCCGCUGCACUGUAACUGUGAGCUGCUCUGGCUGCGGCGCUUGACGAGGGAAGACGACCUGGAGACCUGCGCUUCUCCUGAACACCUGAUGGACAAGUACUUCUGGUCCAUUCAAGAGGAGGAGUUCAUCUGUGAGCCGCCGCUCAUCACCAAACACCAGGUCACCAAACCCUACGUGAUGGAGGGACAGGGCGUGACUCUGAAGUGUAAGGCGAUGGGUGACCCCGAUCCCACCAUUCACUGGCGCUUUCCCGAUGGCAAACUGGUGCACAACAACUCUCGUACGAUCCUGUACGACAACGGCACGCUGGACAUCCUGAUCACCACGAUGAAGGACAGCGGCGGCUUCAACUGUGUGGCCUCCAACGCGGCCGGUAUCGCCACCGCAGCCGUGGAGGUCAACAUGAUCCCACUGCCGCUUUUUGUCAACAACUCGGGUCACAUGAGGGAGGCCGACCCGGGGCUCUCGGACAUCACCACCUCCACCAAAUCCGGCAGCAACGACACCAAACCACAAAACAAGAGGGUCGUCGUCGAAAACCUGACCGCAAACUCAGCGGUCAUCCACUGGCCAUCCGAGCGCCACAUUCCCGGGAUCAGAAUGUAUCAGAUCCAGUACAACAGCACCGUCGACGAAACCCUGGUGUACAGGUAAAAAAGACCUCUUCUUUAACCUAUACAUAAAACAGACAUGACUGAUGAAAUCCACGGCUCCUCAGAUGCCCAGU